GCGGAAAAGGCGCGAAGUGCGAUGGCGCAGAGCGGCUGCUGAGGGCGUAUUUUUGGAUGUGAAGGAUGGACUUCUCAAUGAUUGCUGUUGGAGAUGUGCAAAAUGUGCUUUCAGCUAUGCAGAAGAACUUGGAAUGCCCAAUAUGCUUGGAUGUGAUACAAGAGCCAGUUUCAACAAAAUGUGAUCACAUAUUCUGCAGGUUCUGCAUGUUCAAACUCCUCAGCAAAAAGAAUAAAGGUGUGGUAGAGUGUCCUCUGUGCAAGACUGAAGUCACCAAAAGAAGUCUGAAAGAAAAUUCCAGAUUUAAACAACUAAUUGAGGGAUUAUUGGAAACUAUCCGUGCAUUUGAGCUUGACACUGGAGUGAAGUUUUUAAGUGGUCAUCGCUUCCCUAAAACACCCAGAGAAGCCCCUGCUGCUGAGUCCCUGUGUGAGCAAAGUUCUGUCAUCCAGAGUAAGGGCUUCAGAAAGAGGAAAAAAAGUGCGAAAGAAAAUGGCCAAGAAAACUGCACCUUGCAGGAAGCUAAUGUGGAUACAGAGCUUAUAGACACCAGAGUCAAAAGGUGUCCCGUAGGAAACAAAGCCCGGAAGCGUGACUCAGAAAAAGGGGUUUAUAUAGAGCUUGGAUCUGAUUCAUCAGAAGAGCCUUUUAAAAGGGGAAGCGAUACUGGGUUAGAAGACAAAGAAGUACUUCAGAUUUUGUCUCAAGAAAAGCUACAAGAAGUAAAGAGUGCUGAGAAGGAGACUGAGUAUUCUUCCAAUGCACAGCCUGACGAGCUGGGUGCUAAAGACAUAAUUCUAAUUCUACCAAAUGUCACAGGUGAAAGUGAUUUGUCAAAGGAAGGCACUCGGAGCAUCACUGAAUAUGCCAAACCUAGCGAAGCGAAUGUGACUGAAUGUCAAAGUUCUCCUUUAAAUCUUCCUGCUGUAGACAUACUCACGGAACAGUGUGACAGAAUGGGUGAUGCCAGUCCCUUAAGGGAUGGGGACUCAUCUUUCUUUAGGAACACAGAAGAAAUGGAUGUGGAGCAAGUUCAGUGCAAUAGUAAAAGCAAAGAGCUUGGCUUAAAAGAUAGCUCAGAGAGCAGGUUGGAUGAAAGCAAAGAAAUAGAUAUUAAACAAAGUGUGGAAGCUGUGGAAAUGUAUGACUCCAAGAACAAUUCUUUCCAUGAAGAAGAACCUCCUCUGGAGAAAGUACUUCAGCCAGACACACCACACGAUAGUACCCUGAAUCAAGUCUCUAGGAAGAGACUGAAGCGAAGCAUUCAGAAAGUCAACGAAUGGUUUUCAAAAAGCAAUGAGAUUCUGUCUUCCAAGUCUUCGCAGGACGAUUCUAGUGGAGAAACUGAUGUUUCGGGUGAAGGAGAUACAUGUUUAUCAGAUAAGGAUUCUUCUAUUUCAGAAAAGACUGACCCUAUGGUAGGUUCCAUGGAAAUUGCAGUGGUUGAAGGAAACAAGAGAUUGUCGAAACAAACAGCAGAUAGCAUUAAAGACCGAAUAUUUGGGAAAACAUACAAGAGAGAGAGGAGAUCAAAUCCCCCUAUUAUCUUGAGAGACAUUUUACCUGCCACAAAAAAGGAAGAUGUGACUGCUGCUGAGGAGUGCUUGAAUAAUUCCAGCAAAGAUGGACGGAAACGGAAAAGGAAGAGUGCCUGUGUCCUGCAGCCUGAGGAUUUCAUCAAGAGAACAGAUACAGAAGAGGCAGACGGGUGCCCUCUGGGUGUUAGUGUUAACGAGCGCCUUGGAGAGGCUGAAAAGAAAAGAUAUGAUGAAAGUUCUGCUGUUGAUCAGAGUCACCUCUCUGAGAACAGAGAAGAUAAUACAUUAGGAGAACUUCAGGAAGGAGGAGGAUCCGUACAGGAAAAAGCUACUGAAAAGGUGACUGGCAAGCUCUAUGACGGGGAAUUUGAACUGAAUAAUUGUGAUCAGAAAAGCACUAAAAAGAGAAAUUCUGCAUCAAAAAAAUGUAGGCAUCCUACUAGAACCAUGUGUGCUCUACAGUUAGUAGUGGAUAGAAACACUGUUUCUCCUGAUCCAACUGAGCCACAGAUUGACAGCUAUCCAAGCAGCGAAGAAGCAAGGAAAGCUGAUUCUGAGCAAAGACAAGUCAGGCGCAGCAGGAGGCUUCAGUUACUUACUGAAGAAAUGAAAAAAGAGUCAGGAAAAGGAGUAGUAACUAAGGGAGCAAGAGAGUCUGACAGUGACUAUGAAGGGUCUGUCUUUGGAGUCCAAAGGAAUGUGUUAGUUCACACUUCCGAAUGCAAGGACCUGUGUGAGCCCCAGGAUACAUUAAGUUGCAAACCACUUGCUGGCCUGGAGGGUGGCGAUCUUGAAGAAAAUGAAAUACAGGUUAAACUAAAGAAUUUAUCUGAUGCUGCGGAAACUGCAAAAUGCCUCUUCAGUCCUACAUCUUCCCAUCAGUAUUCAAAUUGUUCCGCUUCACCUGAUGCAGGUUCUCAAGAAGGCGAAAUACAAGGUCGCCCUUCCCUCCUGCAGUCUCUUUCAAUGACUGUUGUGCAGCCUGUUUCCCAGCAGACUGAAGAGCCCACUGAAUCGGGUACUGCUUUUCCCCAGGAUAAUGGACAUGAUACACAAAAUAUUCCAGAGGACUGCGGAAUGGAGAAGCUGCCAAUGGCUAAAAAGGUUUCAGAAUUGACCAAGGAAGCUGAAGACAGUGAGUUAGACACACAGUAUCUGCGAAAUAUAUUUAGGCAUUCAAAACGCCUGUCAUUUAGCCUUUAUCCUCCCAUGAGGGCAUGUGCAGUAGAGACUGCUGCUGCUGAAACUGUAAAGAUGCCACGUGCUGAUCAGGUGGAAAAUGAACAUAGCAAAUAUUUAAGCCCAGAAAACUUGCAGGAAGAGAAAACCGCUGAAAACUUGAGUAAGGUUUGUGAGAAAGAAAAGCUCGAGACCUGUGAAUCUGCUUGUGCUAGUCCUGUGACUUCGUCUGUCAGCAACGCUGAAUUUAUGCGCGUGGAGGAACAUCAAGAUGAUGUUUCACAGGCUGGAAAUCAAGGGAAUCCGAUGCCAAUAAAAAUGGGUACUGCUAGGGCUGAAGACAAAAACAAAUUGCAAAAGGGAGAGCGGGGAAAUGAAAUGACAAUGUCAGCUGACACAGGGAUGGAAAGGGAAUUGAAACAGAAUCCAGUCAAAAGUAAAAGAAAUCAAAGUGAUCAGAGUGAUACAGAAAAGAGCAUUUUCAAAAGAAGCAGUUUAAGCACAGUUGAUUCAAUAUGCUCCUGUUCAGAAAGCAAUCAAGCCAGAAAGGCUGAAACUGUUGACAGCAAAGGACAUUUUCAGUCAAGAUCCAUGAUCUGUCCUGCAACUGGUCAGCAAAGGCCUGCUGAAUUCAACCAUGAAAUCACUGGGAAAAAAGGUAGCAAAAGACAAAGAAAACAAGUGAAGGGCAGUGAAGAACCAGCAACCCAAGCUGCUGGCUCAGGAGUGCCAGAGUGUUCGGUUUCAGAAGCUCAAGAAGAUCCUCUUAAAGGCAACAGUGAUCUUACAGGUUCAUCUGAAACACCUGAUGGCUUACUGUGCUGUGAUGAUACUGGAGAGAACACCAGCUUUUCCGACACCGAUAAGAGAGAGAGAUCUGCUGUGUUUGUAAAAAGUAGUGGCAAUGCCCUGGUAAAAGAACUACAGAAUAGAAAUGUUAGUUCUGUGCCAACAUCACAAAGUAUUCAAAGACCUCGAAGAAAAGCGCAGAAACUGCAAUCUUCAGAUGAAGAGUCUAGUGACGAUGAAGAAUUGCCAUGCUUUCAGGCAUUAAUAUUUGGCAAAUCGGUAAGCACACCUUUGCAGAUCAAUGAACAAGUGGCAUCUGUGCUGGAGUCUUCAGUGAGCCCCGUGACGUUGCCUCGCAACAGGAGUCCUGGUGACAAUGAUCUGCAGAAGCUGCCUGCAGCUGCCCUAAGCAAUGGGUGUGACUCACCGAGUCAGGAGUCAGAGUGCUCUGUCAACUUAUUUUCUUCCCAGUCCAAUGUGUCUGAAGGAUCAGCUGAUGGAGCACAAGAGCCGAAGAAACCUUCCAUCCAAGAUCAUACAUCCAAAGAAGUGAGCAACAUGAAUGAGAGUAAAGAAACUUUUCAAAGUUGUAAUGGAACGCUGAAAAGAACCAAAACCAACUUCAAAGAUGAAUGCCAAGAAGACCCAAAUGUGGGAGCAAACCUAGGUGAAGCAUCUGGCUAUGACAGUGAAACAAGUUAUGUAGAAGAUUCAUAUGAACCAUUUUCUCAGAGUGAAAUCCUUACUACACAGCAGAAGAAUGUUAUGCAAAAUAACCUAAAGAAACUUCAGCAAGAAAUGGCUGUACUUGAAGCAGUGCUAAAGCAGCAUGGAAGUGAGGACUGUGAACUUUUACCUCUCCAUAAGAAACUGCCACAUUCCAGUAGUGAAGGAACGCUUCAAAUGGAACACAUGAGACAAGAAAGAGGAGGGGAGUCAGCCUCCCAAGGAAAUUCUGGAAAUCAUAAAUGCAGCAGUUCAAUGGGAUUUUCGGCCAAUGAGUUCCAUGCUAUGCCAAGUGAUUCUGUCAACAGUAAAACCAAAGAGUUAGAAAGAGAAAGGUCUUCAGAAUUGUCACUUCGCUCUUCUAAAUCCAGUUUUUUAAAGAGACCAGAUUUGGAGAAAGGCCUUCAGCAUGACAACACUCUGAAGAACAAAGCUCCUGCUGAAAAGACAAAACCCGCGCGGGAAGCAGUGCAGGAAUAUAGUCAGCAUUGCCUUGAAGCAGGAAACACAGAUGAGCAGAAAUCUGGAAGCAGGCCAAACAGUACAUCUGUCUUAUCAAAUCUCUCUGGAAAUGUGACCAGGAGUCCAAAUAACUCUUCCUCCUCGGCAAGACUUUUUAACCCUCGAGCAGCAGAAGCAACAGAUAGUUCUGUUGUAGCUCAGAAUGCUGAUAAAAGCUGCGCUCAAGAGCGUAAAUCGAAGAGAAGUGUGCGUUUUCCUGUAUCUGCUCUGCACAAUGCAGCUGGGAAAGAAAAUGCUACAAGUCCAGUUGUGACUGACAGGAAGGAAAUGUCGAUUGUGGCAUCAGGUCUGAAUCAAAGUGAACAUUUGAUGGUCCAGAAUUUUGCAAGAAAAACCCAGAGCACUUUAACAAAUCACAUGACUGAAGGAACAACCCACGUCAUCAUGAAAACAGAUAAAGAGCUGGUGUGUGAACGGACACUGAAAUACUUUCUGGGUAUUGCAGGAAGAAAAUGGGUAGUCAGUUAUCAGUGGGUGAUUCAGUCUUUCAAAGAAGGAAGGGUACUGGAUGAGGAGGACUUCGAAGUUAGAGGAGAUGUAGUCAAUGGCAGAAACCACCAAGGCCCUAAGAGGGCUCGACAGUGUCUGACUGGAAAGAUCUUUAAAGACUUUGAGAUCUGUUGCUAUGGUCCUUUCACUGAUAUGACUACAGAACAUCUAGAAAGGAUGGUGGACCUUUGUGGUGCCUCAGUGGUGAAGCAACUUCAUCUGUUCACACACACAACGAAUUCUACUGCUGUCGUGGUUGUGCAGCCAGAUGCUUGGACAGAAGACAUGGAUUAUACAGCACUCCAGCAAAAGAACAACGUUGCCAUAGUGACUCGGGAGUGGGUAUUGGACAGUGUCGCUCUCUUCGAGUGCCAGGAGUUUGACGCUUACCUUGUGUCCUAAGGGUGAUCUGCAUCGCUCAGAAAUUCUCAUCAGUGCUGAUAGUCUGGUAAUUAUUUUAAAGACUGGGAGGUUUUAAGUCACUUACACAGAAAUUAUGUGCAGGUAGUGUUCUUGUUCAGAGUAAAAUGACUACAUUCUUAUUAACAAUGAAGUUACUUAAACAACUUUACCAUAUAAAAAUGGAAUUACCCACUGUUCUUUAAGGAUUAACAUUUCUAUUUCAAAAUAGACCUUUAUAUUAAUGUAAAACAAAUGUAAAAACUUAGAAAAUGUAGAAUACGGCUGCUUCAAAUGGUGAGGUGCCGUUGCAGCCAGUUCCUGUUUUGGAGACAGGCAUUUAAGAGUAAUACUGGGCUCAGGGCUUGAAUUAAAUCUUAAUUGCACUUCCGAUUAACCUCCAUAUUUUCAUUUUGCAUACACACAUACCUUGCGUAAGGGUGUAUACCAAUCCAGUGGAAUAUUAGUUAGUGAUUACUAACGCAUCAGCCUGGUUAAUCUUGGGCCAUGGAUUAUAUUUGUGUUGAAAACUACAAAUGGCUCUCCUUUUGUAUAUAAAAAAGCCAACUUGCCCUAAAACCAGGCAAAUCCAGCCCCUGAAAAAGCCAACACUUGAUUCUAUGUAAGCCAAUCCUUAAAACCACAUGCCUAUACCAAUGUCGUCGUUCUGAUUUCUGAGAAGUGUAUGUGGCAGUGAGGAAGAGAGAAUAAACAGAUGCACUUUAGUAUCCCAGUGACUUAUAAUAAGCCCUACAAGAAUCUGCUUCUAAUAGUCCCUGCCUGUAAAAUGAGACUGAAAAUAAAAUAAAUUGCAUUUUAUAGGAGAAAAUGUUGCUUGUUUCUGUUGCCAAGCAAUUCCAUUUCAUAAAUCAUUUUGUACUCUCAGAGCAGAAUCUGUUUUCAUAAAGCUGUUGUUUAAAAAAAAAAAAAAAAAAAAGAGUUGUAGCUAAGUUCAGAAAACUGUUGGGGUCAGAUGCUGCUAGGUUAUCUUGGGAAGUUAUAAAAAGUAUGU